AGUCUUGCGGCAACGUUUGACGAGUGAACACACGCGGGAUCCCCACAAGUCACGUGAGCGGUUUUCGUCGCCGGGCAAAGAAAGUGCUGCCGAAAGAGGAAUAAACGAAUAACAGCAGAACGAUCGUGUGGUCGAUCAGCUGGUUCGUGAGGGAGGGAAAGAGUUCUACGCGAGUGAUUUUACGGGGCGUGCGGUGCGAUUUCCCCAUUAAUUAGAAGCCUCGGCCCAUGGGGAUGGGGAAGUGAGGCACAUCAAAGGCUACAUCCACAGAAUGGAAGAAAGUGCGCGGCCGAUUAAGUGCAAAAACGGCAUUAAAAUAUAAAAUAAAUCGAAUUAAGUAUGUUAAACGGCUGAUAAACGGGACGGCCUUAGAGGACUUGUUUGUUUGUAGGAGAUGUUUUUGCUCCGUUAAUGGUCGUUUGGAGGAGGAAGAAAUUGCCGCAUUAUCUUAAGACCCUUGGGGGCUGUUGCAGAAGAAGCAAGUUACUCGACGAGUGGAUCCACUCAUAGAUCGAGCCUACGGUUGAGCUUUUUUAUUAAAUAGAUAAAACGGGACAAGAACAAGCGAAUUAAACAAAUAUAUAUAUGCGGACAGUACAGCGGAUUGCCGUCGACUGACAGAGGGACAUAAGGUGCAGCAUAAAUUCUGUUUACGUGUGCAGUUACCCGAGGAGGACUGAAUGCCUUCUGAAUGGGCUGCCGCUGACGGGAUCAAAGUCCCUGAGGAGAAUCGGGGACUGGGUAAACAAUAAAUAACUUGUUCGGAAUAUUAAAAUGCUCCUCGGCUGGUUGGAAUCUUUACCGUAAGGCGAUCGUGUAAUGGUUUCUAUGAGUUUCAAAUACUAAUUUCCCGAAUGGGAAAGACUGAACGGUUCGGAAUAGGGAAGUGACCUCAUAAGAACUGUAUCUCAUAAAACGAAGAGAUUACAAUACAGCACCGGAGAGCGCCAGUGGAAUUCAACUCAUCAGCCAGAAGAACAAGAAGAAACUGCGCCCACGAGGAAGAGUUUGAAUCAGUGUUGACCGUAUCUCCCAUCUAUGGUGUGCUUUGCUCGUUGUGAUCCAACCCCGUUCUGGAAGCUCGGUGAAGGAAGAAAGAAGAAUUAGUUCUGCACCUGGGAAGGAAGAUUAUCUCCAACAACCCAUUUUACGACCUUCGGACGUGGGAUCGUUCAGCAACCGUCGUAAAGGUGUUCGCGAGCAGCAUCAAUUGGUGGUCGGUCGGUGUAAUCUCGUGCCAAAGUGGAUAUUUUGAUUGUUAUCGACAAAGUGCGGCAGCGGCGCUUCGGUGAGCUCCAAGUUGUUGCAAGCCGAAUGCUGAACGAUCAUCAUUUAUCAUCAAGUUAUGCAAACCGAAGGAUGAUCGUACUUUUCCCAGCCGCCCAUUGCAACCGUUCGCCACCAGUCUGCUCUAGAUAAAGUGCAACGCCCGUCACUGUCCAACCCAGCGACUAAAGCAGUCGCACCAUUUAGUGGCGGCUUCGCAAUAAACGCUAUCCGAUGCGGCUCCCGAAGUGCUUAUUGUAAGAAAACAAAACCAGAGCAAAAUGAAGUGAAGUGCGGUUGUAAAACAAAACUAUGUUUGUUCGGUUUGGGGCGAACAACGUCCGAAGUUGCUUGUUUUAUCUCCUGGUGCGUAAGUGAAAAUGAAGCAAUGAAAUAAGGCUCCGAUAGGGUCUCGGGUGAUUAAUGGAAUAGUGGCCGCGGGCAAGUUCUCACACUAGCCACCACCUCUAACAGCAAGCGACUCUAGGACCAUUCCACCGUUUGUGCGGUAUCAAGAUGAAGCAGUUCGCGGUAAAGCCACGUUCCGCGAGUAAGUGAGUGAAGAAGUGAGUUUACGCGGGUUCUUGGUUGUUUGCAAAGGAAGAAAGCUAAACGCGAAAAGAAAAAAAUACCUACUCUCUGGUGGUGCCCCAAAGCAAUCCAAAAAACCUCGUUGAUCGCGUGUGUGCCCAUUGGGUGAAAAAUCGUCAGUGCGUGAGAGUGUUGGUUUCCGCGAUCGUUUCCAAGGGAACUGGGCUGGAAAGCGUACCUACAAAGCAUCAACCCAACCAACGGCGAAGAAAAGGGUGGUUGAGAUUUCUCUUCUGGGCGACGAACAUCGUCUAAAGUCUGCUCCGAGGGUGAAAAGAAGCUACCAAGCUGGGUUGCUGUCGGCGCCGGAAGUUUCGUCGAGUGGAUAAAUAGUUUCCAAAUAAAUGAGCUAAAGAUGCCUUCCGGGUAUCGAGCGAAUGGGAUUAUUCAUCCUGCUAAUGGCCAUAUAAGUGAAUUUUCUGCAUACGACAACAAAGGAUUCCAAAGCAAUGGAGGUCCCAAAGUGCGAUCCUGGAUAAAUGGCACCGCGGAUCAUCAAUCGACGCUAUCCAGGCCACGUUCGACGGAAGUCAUAACCGCCAACGGACACAACGGAACCAUUCCAAAUGGCCGACCGCACAUUGGCGUCAACGGUGGUAUGAAUGGAUUAAAUGGAAUAAACGGUAUGAACGGUGGCCCCAAUGGGGUCGUCACCCGAGGACCCGGAGGAUUGCACGAAGAUCUAGAAUUUCCACCAACGACCAGAACCCUUUCGAAAAAGAAGCAGAUAGUUUGGAUGCGACCUCAUGACAUGUGUGCUCGCCCUCAGUUCCGACUAUCUCCACCGGGAUCACCAUUAUCGGCUCGGGAGCUCCCGGAACCAGUCGGACCAGGCGAUCCCAGCUUACUGGCAGCCUUGGGUUGCCUUUCGCAACUACCAAGGCUCUUAGAACGCGUCAUCCCUCCAGAACAGACAUUUGAUACCUCCAAUGGAUACUGUGGAAUGUUCAAAUUCCGCUUCUGGCAGUGGGGCAAAUGGGUUGAAGUUCGAGUCGACGAUCGAUUGCCAACACGAGGCGAUCGACCGGCCCACAUGCACUGUGCUCAACCGGACAUCUUCUGGGCAGCACUGCUGGAGAAAGCAUAUGCCAAAUUGUAUGGAGGAUAUGCGUUCCUCAAGUUCGGAACAGUGGGACGUGCCUUGCAGGACCUUACCGGAGCCGUUGUUCAGAGUGUUCCGCCUAGUGGACCCCUGUUGGGUGGAGCCGUGCCAAGAUCAACCCUAUUAGUAGCGAUUAGUGGAGUGGAGAAAGAAACCAAAAGAAGGCGAUCUGGACUGCUGUCGGAGCAUCCCUACAGUGUAACAGGUUUAGCAAGGGUACGUGCCAAUUCUUCCGAUUCAUCGCAAAUCAGCGGACAAUCGGGGGAUACCAGUCUAAUACGACUGCGUAGUCCUUGGAUCGGUGGAGAAUGGGGAGGAGUCUGGUGCGGUGCCUGGUCGGAGCGUAGCUGGGAAUGGAAUGCGCUAAACGAACGAGAUCGAGAACUGCUGUCGUCAAGAUCGUCGAACGAUUGUGAAUUUUGGAUGUCUGUUAGUGAGUUUCUGUCAAGGUUCGUGGUUAUCUGGUUAGCUCACAUCGGACCGGACGAUUGGGCGUUGGAACCGGGUUUGCACACACGGACACCGUGGAGAGCAGCUCUGGCGGUUCGUCAGUGGCGAGCUGGAUUCAAUGCAGGAGGUCCUCACAAGUUUAUCGAAACAACAGCAACAAAUCCACAGUUUAGAAUACGGGUACCAGCUGGCCAUCCAGCCAAAGCUCACGUCGUCGUUGCAGUAUCCCAAAAGUAUGAAUGCUACAGGAGUAGAAACUACGAAGAUGAGGAAAUAGGAUUCACGAUCUAUGAGGUUCCACCCGGAAUGCAACGUGUGACUCCUCAGUAUGUCAGCGAGCAAAUGCCUUUGGAUUUCGCUCCUUUGUCGAACUUACGAGAGAUUGCAACGUUCUUCGCGCUACCGGCUGGAGAUUUCGUGGUAAUGCCACACUCUCAACAGCACAGAGAAGGUAGAUUCCUGUUGCGAAUAUUUGCCGAUCAACAUACUGACGUGUGGGAAGUCAACGAAGAAAACCUAGUGAUUCACAACAUUGCAGCAGAGUUUUGCGACGAACGGACGAUUGACGCGAGAAUCUUAUACAAGCUACGCUCGAGAUAUCCUCACGAAAUAGAAUCCACCCAGUUACAAGCCAUUCUCAAAGCACACGGAGGAAACAAUCGAGGAUUUCGGGGCCUUGGAGGAAUCAACUGCGGACCUUCGUUGGAGCUUUGCCGAGGAAUGCUGGCACUCCGAGAUCCUGCCCUUGGCGGUCGGCUAUCGAUUGAACACGUCCCAGCUUUGAUAGGGCUGAUGCGAUUCUGGAAGGCAGCCUUCCGUCGAUGUGGACCAUCAUCUUCUGGAACGGCUACCCUCAGCCGAGGUAUAUGGGCGUCCAAGGUGUCUUCGUACUGUCUGCGAGGUCUACUGUGGGCAGGAGGGGCCACCGCUAGCAAUAAAGUUCUGGAAGCAUUAGUCAGUAGGUUCAGCCGGAAUCGACAAAUCACACUUGAAGGAUACUUGUUAUCGAUGGCAAGACUACACUUAGCUCAUGAACGAUACCACAGCUUGGAUGCCAAAGCAAAAGCUAGCCCACUGUCAUUGGAAGAGAUGAUCCUGAUGACGAUUUAUUCAUGACGUGGCAGAAUAUCAGACAUAAUAUAUAGCACAAUCAAAAAACAUAUUAAGAGAACCAAAGACGGCGACCUAACUGUUGGCAAACUGGCAUCUAGCUGACUAAAAAGCAAUGCAAUACUUACUGCGUUUAAAACUUUUACUAUUGUUAGGAAACUCUUUUUAAAAAUUUCAAACUUUGAAAUCUACCGAUCCAUACUAGUGAUAUAUACCUAACUGAAGAGAUAUAAACAUAUAGAGAGGUGAAAUUUGGUUUCUGACGCAAGUAACGAAAAACAAAAGUAUUAUCAAAAUAAAUUUCCGUUAAAAGCUAAAAUAAUUUAUGAUUGCUUAGAAACUAAGGCUGCAGCAGAAAUGGAUAACACUUAUUUUUCUAGCAUAAUUAUAUACUUUAGCGAAGAAAUUGUUGUUAUUGGAUAAACGUUAUUUACUAAUUAAUCAAUGAA